AUCUAGAGACUAUCAAUCUGAUGUACCCACCAGCUCCAAACCACAUGACAACAGAUCGAUCGGAUUGAAUGGGUUGCGCAUCGUCAGCAUAUGCGUUUGGAAGGAAUAAGAAGACGAAGAAGACGAUUCCUGAGGUCACAAUCUUCACUCCCUCCAUUCGGGUUCCCGUCUACUCUGAUCUGUUUCCGGCUACCACUCUCAUUCCCAAGGAUCUUGCUCGCACAAUCACUUCACUUCGGAAUCAGAUUGUUUUAGUUGCAGAGGACACCGAGGCAUCUGCUAUUACACAGUUGCAGCAAGCACUCCAACAAUACGUGCCUCUUCUCCUUGGACUCGCCACAAAAGAGUAUGGACUUGAUGAAGUGGGGGAAUUCAAGUGGAAAAACUUGGAAGAUGGAAAAGAGGAAAUGAUGUGUGAAGCAAACUUGUGGUUUGAACUGCUCUCUGUCCUACACAUGAUGGCUAUGCUAACAUUGGUAGAGGCAAAUUCGAAGCUCAUUCCCAAAAACACUACUGAUUCUUGUGGAAGGCAGCUUCUUACUACAGAUUGCAUGAGGGAUGCUGUGGAUUUGUUGGUGAAAGCAGCAGGAUACUUGGACUUGUGUGUCAGAGAUAUUUCUCUACGUUUACAUCCAGAUAUCAAGGAGAGGUUGCCUGUGGAUUUGCAGGAGCAAGUACUUGCAGCAAUCUUGAAUCAAGCAUUAGCACAGGGGACUGAAAUCCAGUUCAGUUUGGCCCUUGAAACUCAAAAUGCCACUCUAUCAGUGAAGAGGAGGCUGGCAUGUGAACAGCUAAGUUAUUUUGGUCAGGCUCAUUGCUGCUUGUCGGAAGCUAACGACAGUAAAGGAGCAACACAGAAGCAUUUGAUGUUCAUUAAAUGGAAAUAUCUUGAAGCAAAGGCAGCAGCUUACUACUACCACGGGCUGAUAGUGGAGAAGGGCACAGAGGCAUCCUCUUCCCAUGUUAGUGCACUGUGUUGUUUCCUUGCUGCAGAAGAGCUCUUGGCAGAGAGCAAAAGGGCCUGUUUGAGCUUUUGCCUUGCCAAUCCUGUCACCAGGGCUCCUCCACCAUGGGGUGCAAUGAAGCACUUAAACAAAAAGAUCCCUGAAACUGCAUUAAAGAAGUCUCAGAUGUACGGCUACCUUCUAGACCAGCAAGAAAAGACAGUACAGUUGCUGAUGCCGGAUCUUCCAGAGUUCCAGUUGUCACUAAAACCCGAUGACUACGUAUUGCCAGAAGUUGAUUCAGCCUGGGAUUCCAACAACUCGAAUAUUCCUAUUCCUAUUCCUAUUCCUGCCCAAACCCUCAAGGACCACCUUAAAGAUUGUGAUGAAGAUGUGGCACAACAGUCUGGGCUGUAACUUUACUUAACUAAUGCGCUUAGCUUCUUAAUUCAUUCAUUAUGUCAUUAAUGUACUAAGUAUUUAUUAACAACUAUCAGUAUAUUACAUGUAUGCUCAAGUUCUUUAAACAGUACAGUAGUUUCAUACAACUCCUCGCUCUUGU